AUGGUGAUAAAUUGAGACAAAUCGGUUUGACACGUGACAAAACACCAAAUAUUCUAAAUUUUGAAGAUCUCGCAACAAUUCAAUUGAAUCUGUCCAAUAUUAAAGUAGUCAAUGUAGAACUUGAAGCGGAAAAACUUACCAUCGAGGAAGAAAUGAUGGUCGACGAGAAAAUCGAUGUUCGGUUAGAGUUCGCAGAGAUGAACGAGUCUUACUAUCGAGGAAGAAAUGACGUUCGACGAGAAAUUGAUGUUUGGUUAGAGUUCGCAGAGGAUGAA